UGAAGACUUGGAAUACCGGCUUACACACUUCUAUUCCGAAUCCGAAGCACAGUCGAAGUACAGUCAUGUGACUCUGGAACACUUGCCCUUCUUUGAACUUGAAUCGUCGUCUCUGAUUUUCUUUGUCCACCGUGUCAUUAGCUCUUGGCAAGUCCUUGUUCAAGCCGACUGUCAUGAGCCAUGGAAGCACGCACGACCUACCCAAGGAGUGUCGUAUCAGUGAAAUCAUGCAGUACAUCUGCACCCCCCAAAGAGGUGCAUUCGGGCCGUCAGUUCAUUGCACGCCAGUUCCACGCUUGUUCCGGAUAUGCCCCAACAUACCUGCAGUAGAAGUAACUCGGGUGCUCAACAUUGAUCUGGCCACUGGUGAUGUAGCGGUCCCGAAGGACCUGAGCUCCCAGCUACCCACCGGCAAAGCCUGGUGCGAUGUUGUCAAGCACGACAAAAUACAAGAGCCGAAGUCCUGAAUCUCCGGACAACAUCGAGGGCGCUGUUCCUCCUCACUCUGUUCGCAUCCCGCUCCAGAUCACUUUCGGGCAGUCGCUGCCUGCAUAGCCUUGUGUAACGUCUUUCACAAAGAACGGACAUGUCUCCCGUCCAUCGGGGCGGUCACCAGUCGCUCGCCAUCCGUGAUCAUCCAUCUGAGUUCUUGAGCUCUCUCCAGUUGUGAACAAAGAUUUAACAAAGAAGUGCAUGUCCGAACAGCCAAAGACAUCAGACAAGACAUCAGC